AUGGGCGGCUCCAAGGGUCGUGUGGCGGCCAAGAAGCGGCAGGCCUCGCUCAAGGUGAGGAAUAAGAAGGCGACCAAGGCGGCAAGAACGCAUGCUCUGCCUCGUCCGGCACGAAAGGUGCAGCAGGAAAAGAAGCAGAGGAUGAUUCGGAACAAGGAGCUUGCUCCCGAUCAGCAUCCGCUCCUCCGCUCGCUCGGUGGAGCCAAGCCGAGCAUGAAGAUCCGGAGAAUGGUGCGCAAAGACAUGACGGCAGCGCAGAAGAAGCGCAAGGAGAAGCAAGCUCGGAAGAUGGAUCUCAAGCUCAAGAAGCGUAAGAAGAACAAGAUGAUGGUGCUGGACGACACCGAUUUCGAACGUGGAGCUACAGGCGCACAGAGCGACGACGACUCGAGCGACGACGACAUGCUCACCGACGUCAACGUCAGCGCCAUGCGCUCGCUCCUCCGCGCCACCGGCGAGGUGUUUGAUGACGGCGAGUCCGAGUCGGACUCGGCCGAUGCUGUGUCGAAUCAUGCUGCCGCUGUGGGCACAGCCGCCACCGCCGACGACGACGAUCUUGGCGACAUCGGCAUCCGCCGCGCCACCUCGUGGGCCCAGCCGUCCGAGAAGGGCAAACUGCCGACCGUGACCCGAUCAGGGAAGCUGGUUGACGUCGAGGCCCAGCCGUCGAUGUACGCGCUGGAGCCCGAGGCCAUGGAGGAGGCGUCCGAGAGCGAGAGCGGUGAUGGCUCGCUCCAAGGCGACAACGACGACCAGGCCGGCGAGAAGACCAAGGUUCUCUCGGAGGCUGCCGCUCGCCACAAGCGCAACCGGCUUCUUGCCAAGCGCAAGCGCGACAUUGCCGAGGGCGUGCAGCUUCUGCUCGAGGCGCCAGAGAGCCACAUUCACGGACUUGACGAGAUGCUGCAGCUCGCGCAGAGCGACCGUGAUCCGGUUGUCCAGCGGUAUGCCGUUGCCGGCCUCACCACCGUGUACAAGGACAUCCUGCCGGGCUAUCGUAUUCGGACGCUGACGGACCAUGAGACGUCGGUCAAGGUGUCCAAGGCUGUCUCCGCACAGCGCGCUUCGGAGCAGGGCCUCGUCCACUCGUACCAGGCCUUUGUGCAGCUCCUCGACAAGCGGAUGGACGACGUGUUCCGUGCCGUCAACUACGCUGACGAGGCUGCCAUCUCCCCCGCCGCCCGCGUCGAUGCAAAGCUCUACGUCACCUCGGUCUGCACCCUGGUCAUCCACAAGCCGCACUUUAACUUUUCCACCGACCUCAUCAAGUGGAUCCUCCGCGGCGUCAACUCGAAGAACGAGCGCAUCUCGAGCCAGUGCUACGACGCCAUGGUCGAGGUCUUUGACGUCGACGGCGAGAAGGAGAUCACACUCGCCGCCAUCGGCCUUAUUGCCUCGCUGAUGCAGGCCAAGAAGUUUUCGGCGUCGCCCAAGCUCGUCCAGCUGUUUGGCGAGCUCCGCCUGCUCGACGCUGUUCCGCAGGCCGUCACCCUCGACGGCCAGCGCCGCUCCAUCGACGAGGUCCUCCAGCCGCAUCUCUCCGGCAAGCAGCGCAAGGAGCUGAAGGCCCGCCGCAAGCGCGAGAUGGCACUCGCCAAGGAGUCAGCCGAGGUCAGCAAGUACGAGCGCCAGCUGCUGCAGACCGACAUCCUCUCGCGCAUCAUGCUCGCCUACUUCCGCGUCCUCAAGAAGGCGCCGCACUCGCGCCUCCUUCCGGCUGUCCUGGCCGGCCUCGAGAAGCAUGCCCAUCUGGUCAACGUCGAGUUUACCGGCGACCUCUUUGCCGCUCUGGCCGCCAUCGUCGCCGACACCUCGAUCCGCCUCGUUGCCCGCUGUUAUGCCAUCCAUACCGCCCUCGGCCUUGUCGACGGCCUUGGCUCGGCCUUCCAGGUCGACCUCAAGGACUUUUACAUCGGCCUCUACACCACCCUCGCCGAGGUCCGCGGCGAGGUCGUUGCGGCCGCCACCACUGCCCAGCGUGCUGCGCUCCAGCCGACACUCACCUCGAUCCUCACCAACCUCGAGCGCGCCUUUGCCCACCUCGGCCGCGAGCUUGCCGCUCCCCGCGUUGCUGCCAUCCUCAAGCGCAUGGCCUCGCUAGCGACGGUGACCCCUGUUGGAUUUACCAUCUCCAUCAUCUGGAUGAUCCGCAAGGUCAUGCUCAAGGCCCCGCUCCUCCACCAGCUGCUCGAGUCGGAGAAGACCUCGAUGGGCGCCUUUGACGACGAGGUCGACGAUCCGCACCACGCCAACGGCCUUGCCGCCACCCUCUUCGAGCUCAUGGCUCUUGCCAACUCGCACUGGCACCCCAAGGUCCGCUCCAUGGCCGCUGCUGCCGUCGCCCUUGAGCCCAUCCCGGUCCGCCAGUCUUCCAUCAAGGCCACCAAGUUUGUCAACGUCUACGACGUCUCCAAGGGCACGUUCAACCCUGCCAUCCCCAAGCCCGGCGCCCACUCGCUCUCGCGCAUCAUGCGCCGCUGGGCCAAGAAGUCGAAGGGUGCCCACAGGUUCUUCUUCCUCCCCACAGACGGCGAGCACGACGUCGGCCCGGUCUCGGCCGUCGCUGCGCCUAUCGCUGACGCCCGCGUCCUGCCGCCCAAGUCGACCCGCAUCUUUGGCUCGUGGCUUGCUUCCCGCCGGGCCGCCGCCGCUGUCGUCGACGCACAGCUCACCGCUGCUUCGCUUGCUGCCCAGCGCGAGGAAAUCGCUCACCUCCGCACUGUCUUUAACGCUGUCCGCGCCAAGCGCAAGCGCGAUGCGGGGGCACAGUCCGCCAGCGGAAGCGCAAGCAAGCGCCAGAAGCGCAAGUGAGGGAGCGUAAAAAGUCUCUAGUGCUGCC